AAACUGAAAAUGAAACUAUUUUCGUACAAAAAAAAAAUCAAUUUUCACUUUAAAAGCUUUUAGUUCACCAGGUUUAAGCCAAAACUGCCAAAGCCAUUGUUGUCUUUCCACUGAAACACGUCAACAACAGUAAUAAACAAACAACAAAUAUAGUUGAGAUUCUCUGCAGAAAUCGCGAGUUUUUUUUUCUUCAUCAGGUUACUUUGCAAGGUUUCCAAAAUGAUGGAGGAGAAAGACAAGUACGGUAAAGAGUUGGAUUUGGCUGUUAGAAUUGUGCAUAUGGCCUGUUCUUUAUGUCAGAAAGUGCAACAAAGGUUGGUUUCUACUGCUUCUGAACAGGUUUUGGCUAAGGAUGAUGAUUCUCCAGUCACAAUUGCAGACUGGGGUGUCCAAGCAACUGUUAGUUGGCUGCUUUCAGAAUUCUUGGAGGGUCAGAACGUGUCCAUUGUUGCUGAAGAAGAUGUCCAAACUCUCUCCAAGUCUGAUGCAGCAAAUUUACUUGCAGCUGUUGUGAACACGGUAAAUGAAUGCUUGGCUGAAGCACCGAAGUAUGGCCUUCAGUGUCCUAAGAAAGCUCUUGGGACUUCAAAAAUCCUUGAGGCUAUUAGCCUAUGCAACUCAAAUGGGGGGCCAACUGGAAGACACUGGGUUCUUGACCCCAUUGACGGCACAUUAGGAUUUGUACGUGGUGAUCAGUAUGCUGUAGCGCUAGCCUUGAUUGAGGAGGGGAAGCUAGUCCUUGGAGUUCUUGGGUGUCCUAACUACCCUAUGGAAAAGGAAUUGUUAAAUUAUAAUCAUCAGCGCCUCCAAACUGUGCCUACGUCUCCGACACCUUCUGACAUUUGGGAAAAGGGAUGUGUGAUGUAUGCUAAGAGAGGAAGUGGUCAGGCAUGGAUGCAACCAUUGAUCCACGGAGAUACAAAAUUUGAAUGGCCAAAUUCUGCUAGACUGAUACAGGUUUCUCCCGUUGAUGAUCCAUCUCUGGCAACGUUUUGUGAACCUGUGGAGAAGGCAAAUUCAAACCAGUUGUUUACAGCGGGACUUGCUAACAGCAUGGGUAUCAAAAAGCAACCUAUGCGUGUCCAUAGCAUGGUCAAAUAUGCAGCAAUAGCUCGUGGUGAUGCUGAGGUUUUUAUAAAGUUCGCAAGAUCUGGGUAUAAAGAGAAGAUAUGGGAUCAUGCUGCUGGUGUUGUCAUUGUAGAAGAGGCUGGUGGGGUUGUAACGGAUGCAGGAGGUAUCCCUCUGGACUUCAGCAGGGGACUGUACUUAGAAGGUCUUGAUCGGGGAAUCAUUGCUUGCUCUGGACCCACACUGCAUAAUAAAAUCAUCGGGGCUGUGUAUGCAAGCUGGGACUCUUCUAAUCUAUGAGACUUUCAGUAUCUUGCCAAUACACUAAUACUGGAGUAGUAUGGUAAUUUUAUAAGGGGCAAGCAAAUUCUGAGAAGGAUGUUGAUGGCAGAAACACAAUAAGAACAAAAAAAUGAUUUGGACGGUGCUUUACACCUUACCUGAGAAUUGUCUACUGAAAUAUGGAUGUCGAAUUUUCCAACGUUUGAUCAGUGAUGUUGCCUUCGGCCCCCAUCUUACAAAUGUAGUAUUGCUCGAUUAUAAUUAUCAAUAACCCUGUUACGAUAGUUUUUGAAUGGAAAUUUUGCUAUCAAUAAUACAAUCAUCACACUAGGGAUGCUUUCAGA